AUGGAAUUAUCAGAUGAGCCCUCGACUAAGAAACCCAAAAAAUCCAAGAGCUUUCAGCAUCAAUGGUACGACACUCAUCCCGAGUGGAGGAAAUGGGUUAAAGAAUGUUCGUACGAUUCAACAAAAUAUGUAUGCGAUGCAUGUGGUAAAACUUUGUCUUGUGGAAUUUCAGAAAUCCUGAGACAUUCCCAAUCUGAACCACAUAGAAAAGACAUGCAUUUGAAGGGUUUUAAUUUUGAUAACGCAGUAUCUGGUAGCGUAGUGCCUCCGGUAGUUGAUUCUUUUUCAAGCGAUUUUUCUCGAGAAGAGGUUGGUUCAAUUUCAUCUCCACCUGAACUGAACUUUUCUGAGCGUGUACGAGCAGCUGAAAUACGGUUUGCGGCAUUUGUAGCUGAAAAUAACAUUCCUCUAGCGAUGGCACCAAAAAUUUUAAAAUUGUUUAAGUGCAUUGGUAAAGAACCUGCUGUCUUACAAGCUAUGGAAAUGGGCAAAACGAAAACAACUGGAAUCAUCAAUAAGGUCGUCAGUGUUCACGAAUCACAACGGAUUAUUGAAAAUCUUCAGAAGACGAAGUUCUCUGUUUAUGUUGACGAGACUUCUGACAUUACGGGUGAUAAGUGGAUGACAUUGAUGGUUCGCUACGUCAAUCCAGAAACUUUUCUGGUGAAAACAGAAUUACUCCAAUUAAUUCAUGUCAACGCAGUUGAUUGUUCGGCGGAAGCUCUUUUUAAAGAAUUUAGUGAUGCAUUGGCAGAAAAUAAAGUUCCCUUCGACAACAUCAUCAGCUUUGCAUGCGACAAUGCAUCUGUGAUGGUUGGAGAUAAAAAUUCUUUUAAGACUCGUAUGGUGCAACGUCUUCCGAACAUUUUGACGCUGCCGUGUAUUUGCCAUUCUUUAGCUAUAAUCGCUAAAGAUGCAUGUUCGGCUAUACCAGAAGACGUCCAUCGCUUUGUCACGGGAGUUCCUACUUUUAUCAAUGGAAGCCCUAAAAGAGCAGCUUUGUAUCGUGAUUUUCAAAUUACGUUCGAUCAUCACCCGUCCAAAAUUUUGAAGUUUGCUCCGACAAGAUGGCUGUCUCGUCAAAUAGCUAUUGGUCGAAUUUUGGAUAAUUGGUCCACGAUACAUGUUUUUUUAACAGAUCAAGCUCGGGAUAAAAGUGCAACUGCCGUCGACUUGCUUGAUAUCAUGAAUAAACCCAUGACAAAAGCGUAUCUGCUCUUCUUAAGAUUUGCUCUUGCUUCUUUUAACAAGAUAAAUGCUUAUUUUCAAGGGAGCGAUACAUUGGUUCAGCAGUUGCAACUUUCGUCGACGAGAUUGCUUCGUGAAAUUCUUCAGAGAUUUUUGAAACCGCUGAUGUUGAAACCCGAAAUUUUUAAUAAAGAGGCUCGAAAUAUUGAUUUUAGUCGUGGCGGUAAUCAGUUCGGUUUGUCUGAGAUUGAUAUCGGAGCAGAUUGUAAAAAUUAUUUGAUCGCUCUACAGAGUUCACCGGAUGGUCAAAAUUCAGACAUCAACAAAGUUCGCUACAAUUGUUUGCAAUUUUAUCUAAGAGCUGCACAACAAAUUCGCGAAAGGCUUCCGUUCGACAAUAUCUUUUUGUCUGAUUUAACAGUUCUGGAGCCGGAAACUGCUCUUCUCGAUUCUGACAGAGAAACAUCGUUUUCUCGUUUAAAAAACGUCUGCCGUACUCUUGGUGUUCCGGAAGAGGUAUCCCUGGAAGAGGAAUGGCGUUCUUUAUUCUGUGCGGAUUUUAAUCUGAUAAAACGAUGGAGGGAAUUAUCAUUUGAUCAGAUGUGGGUUGAAAUUUGCACUUUCGUUGAUUCAGAUGGAAUCAUUCAGUUUCCAGCUUUACGAAAAUUAUUGAGUAUUGUUAGAGUACUCCCCCGUUCAAAUGCUGAGGCUGAAAGGGCAUUUUCUCUCAUUCCUGACGUUAAGACAAAGAAGAGGAACAGUUUUAAUUCAGUAACCCUGAAUUCGAUUUGUGUGCUAAAAGCUGCAGCCAAAUCGCGGAAUGAAAGUGCGUCGGAGAUGGUGGUUGAUAGAAGUUGGAUUGAUUUAAUGUCUUCCUGUCAUUUGUACUCAAGAAACAGUAAGCUUGAGGUGAAGAAAAUGAGUGUGUUUGCGUAUGAUGCUAACGAUGAUUGGGAAAUUAAAGAAUAA